UCUAAGCGUCUCAUUUCAGAAAGUGCUGAGUAAUGAAGGUCAGCAGCGGGACCACCUGUUGCGGAUCAGUAGUGGACUUGAGUAAAUUACACCCGCCGAAUGAUGAGAGGUCUCGGGGCCACACUCAUCACGGGAGAAGGGCCCAAUCAGUACCGAGCUGUGGAGGAGAAGCGGAGUAUAUAGAUUCAGUGAAGAUGGGAACUUUACUGAGCUCUCGCAUCUGAACCUGGGGAACCAACCUGAGAGGCAACCAUGGAUUCCACGAUUGUGCUUCUGGGCAUCUUGUUUGGCGCGCUCAUCCCGGUGGACAUGAUCCCUGUCAAGAAUUCCACCGGUCUACACGAGGGUAAGCUGAGACUGAAGAGGAAAUACUCCGGUGAGAUUUUAGAAGAAGAUGAAAUCACAGGCCGAGAUGCAAUGACUGCAAUGGAUCAGAUCCUAGAAGUCAACCGCAAGCUGCGAGCGCCCAGAGGGCUGUCAUUCAGAGAAGGAGAUAUUGCCAUUCCAUACAUGCGCAGCGCCAUAAACUGCCCUGGGAAUGCCUGUCUGUGGCCUAAAUCAGUUGAUGGAUUUGUUUACGUUCCCUACAUCCUCUCCCCUCUAUAUGAUGACAUGGAGAGAAUCACAAUAGAAACAGGAAUGCAAGAAAUUUCCUCUGGAACCUGCAUCAAAUUUGUUCCUCGCACUCACGAGGGCAGCUUCCUCGACAUCCAGCCCAGAUACGGCUGCUGGUCGUUCCUGGGGCAGACCGGAGGAAGCCAGACCUUGUCGCUGCAGACCCCCGGGUGCAUGUGGUCGGGGAUUGCCGCUCACGAGUUCAUGCACGCCCUCGGCUUCGUGCACGAGCAGUCCCGCUCGGACCGAGACCACUAUGUCACUAUUGUGUGGAAGAACAUUAUGCCAGACCACAUACAUAACUUCAGGAAGCAGGUGACAAACAACCUGAACAGCCCCUACGACUACAGUUCUGUCAUGCAUUACGGACGAUAUGCGUUCUCUGAAGACGGGGGACCAACAAUCAUUCCCGUACCAGACCCUUACAUUCCCAUUGGCCAGCGAGAUGGUCCUAGUGCGCUUGAUCUCCACAAAAUAAAUGUCCUCUAUAACUGUGGAGUUAAUUAGUAACGAAUCCAGACAUCUCUACUGUAAGGUCCUGCCAGAUGUGUGAAGUCGUUUACAUCUUCUUAAGCAAAUGAUGCAAAUGAUGUAACUGAAGAUAAUUCAUUUUGCAAUAGAUGAGCUUUUAACAUUCAAGUUUUUUUUUUUAUGUGUUCAUUCAACCUUUAGUGCAACGCCAUUUAAUUGCUAAAUCAUCAGCUAAGAUAUGCAUCUCUCAACUAUAUACAUGGCAUAAUUAAGCGUGUCCCCGUGCUGAAGCUCUUCGGAUGAUUAUUUCGGGUGUCUUUAAAAAAUGCAUCCCAUCUU